ACAAAAGUUAGUAGUAAGUAUUUAAAAGCAAAAAAUUACUAGUUGUUUUCUUUUGUUUGAAUGUGUAAAUCCCCCAUCGUUGACCAACAAAGAUACCCAUCAAGUAAGGCAUUAUUUUUGAUUGAAUGAAGAAAAGAGAGUGAAAACAAAAUGGCAGCAGCUGCAGUAGAAACACCUAGCAGCAGAGGAGGACAGAGAUGGUCUCUAACUGGAAUGACAGCACUUGUUACCGGUGGCACUCGUGGAAUCGGGCAUGCCAUAGUGAAUGAUCUUGUUGCAUUUGGUGCUGCUGUACACACUUGUUCAAGGACUGAAUCAGAGCUCAGUAAGUGUUUACAAGAAUGGCAAAGUAAGGGAUUUUCGGUUACUGGGUCGGUCUGUGAUGUAAGCUCUCGAUCCCAAAGAGAGAGCCUUGUUCAAGAAGUGGCUUCCACUUUCAAUGGCAAGCUCAACAUCUUUGUAAAUAACGUGGGAUCAAACUUUAGAAAACCAACCAUUGAGUACACUGCUGAAGAAUAUUCAGAGCUAAUGACAAUUAAUUUAGACUCAUCAUUCCAUCUGUGCCAACUUUCACAUCCUCUUCUAAAAGAAUCUGGAAAUGGUAGCAUUGUGUUCAUUUCAUCUGUUGCAGGUGUGGUUAGCUUAGGUACUGGAUCUGUCUACGCAGCAAGUAAAGCUGCAAUUAAUCAGCUUACAAAAAAUCUGGCCUGUGAAUGGGCAAUAGACAACAUAAGGAGCAAUUGUGUUGUACCAUGGGCAACCAGAACCCCACUUGUAGAACAUUUAUUUCAAAAUCAAAAGUUUGUGGAUGAUAUUUUGUCUCGAACUCCUCUUAAGCGCAUUGCCGAACCUGAAGAGGUCUCCUCUUUGGUGACUUUCCUUUGCUUACCUGCUGCAUCAUACAUCACUGGACAAGUUAUUUGUGUUGAUGGGGGAUUAACUGUGUUUGGAUUUCAACCCAGCAUGAGAAUUACAUGAGAUAGUGCAUUUCUUAUCUGUUUAUUUAUGCUCACUUAUUUCAAGUGUACUGGUGGCUAGCUAUGUUGUGACAAAUGAUCACCUUAUUUUUCUCUCUUUUGUUUUAAGAAUAUGAAUAUUUUUCUUUUUUUUUUUAAUUUCAUCCUUGUGAAGUCAUAAAUUAUUUUUGUUUGAACAAAACAAACUCAACGCAUAUCAUUUAAACUCAGAGAUCCAUUCACUGAA